CACAAAUUCCCAAUCUUUCACCUUCAAAAAGCAAAGCACACCAAUUCUGGUUGUUGUUUUCAACUACAAUAUAUCGCUCCUAGGGUCAAGUUUUUAUUUGCAAUCGAUAAAUUGAAUUAGAAGAAGAUCUUGUCAGCAGCAAUCCAAUGGAGGCAGCUGACUACAUAAGAAGACAUCACAGGCAUACUACCGACCAUAAACAGUGCGCUUCAGCCGUAGUCAAACACAUCAAAGCUCCCGUCGAUAUCGUUUGGUCAUUAGUACGGAGGUUUGACGAACCUGAAAAGUACAAGCCUUUCGUGAGCAGGUGCAGGAUGUGUGCAGCAGGGGCAGGGGAUGGGGAUGCUGUGAGUAUAGGAAGUGUUAGAGAGGUGAAGGUGAAAUCAGGUCUUCCGGCGACUACCAGCACAGAAAGGUUGGAACUUCUGGAUGACAAAGAACACAUCCUCGGAAUCAAAAUUGUUGGUGGAGACCAUAGGCUAAAGAACUAUUCUUCAAUCCUAACUGUCCAUCCAGAGCCGGAGGUACUGGAAGGAAGAUCAUCUGCAGGGAGUGGGACACUUGUGAUAGAGUCAUUCGUGGUGGACAUACCCGAUGGCAACACCAAGGACGAAACAUGCUACUUUGUCCAAGCCCUAAUCAACUGCAACCUUAAAUCGCUUUCUGAUGUCUCACAAAGGAUGGCCAUGCAAUCACCUCAACUCACUUAAUCUUCUUUAC